AUGAGACUGAAGAACACGGCGCUGUGCUGCGCGUUCGCGUGGUCACCAGCGGUGCUGGGCAACCCACCUCUUCUCGCCACCGCGUCGUACAGCGGAUCCAUGGAUGAGAACUUCAGCACCGACGCCUUUCUUGAGAUCCGCCUCGUGGAUGUGAAGGUGACGGACGAGACGGAGCUGCCUGUCGUCGGGCGUGUGCGGCUGCCGGAUCGUGUGCAUCGUGUUGACUGGUCGCCGUACGCCGGGCCACAGGGCAUCAUUGGUGUCUCGUGCGGCAACGGGUGUGUAUACAUCUUCUCUGCUGCGGAAGUGCUUGCCGCCGGCCCGAGCGGUGGCAGUGAGGAGGUGAGUGAUCGCCCGCGUGGAUUGCUGUGGAUGGUGCAUGAGCACGCGGGGUCGGCUGUGCGAGGCUUCCACUUCAACCCAUCGAAGCCGCACUUCUUCGCCACCGGCGCUGACGACGGCGUCUGGCGUGUGUGGACGCUGCAGGAUGGCGCCACCGGCGGCGUGUGUGCGCCGACAAGGAUAUCGGUUAUUUCGAACGUGCCGAACAGCGGCGCCAUUGUUCACCUCCAGUGGCACCCAAAGUACGCCCACAUCUUUGCCACUGCCACGGUGAACGGUGUAGUGAACGUGUGGAACCUGAAGAUGGCUACUCGCGUGACGGCGCUGAACGUGUCCAAGGCGUCACACAAGGGGCAGAUCACCGCCAUUGCGUGGAACCCGACGGCUGCGACGCAGCUCGUUGUGGGACUGGACGACGGACAUCCAGUGUUGCAGGUGUGGGACCUUCGCACGGGGGUUGUACCGCUGCGUGAAAUGGCCGGACAUACGCGUGGCAUUACCGGCCUCGCUUGGAGCGAGCAGGAGUCGUCGAUGGUGGCAUCUUGCGGCGGUGAUGGCCGUACCAUGUGGUGGGACCCAAACACGGGCAGGAAACUCGGGGAGCUACAGCCAGUGGGGGAGUACCUUGUUGACGUGCAGUGGUGCCCGGUGCUGCCAGCCGUCAUCGCGACGUCAUCCUUUACCCCGCUUCUAUGCGUGUCGACGGCCCAGGACGUCUCCAGCAGCGGCAGUGACAAGCUCGGGACGGUGCCCAAGUGGCUCAGCAAACCGUGCGGUGCCUCGGUCAACAUGUCCCUCGUGGUUGCCUCCCUUGCCCUUGGGACAGACCAUGAAGUUGUGCUGUCGAGCCUGAACGGCGCUCCAAUGAGCCCGAAGACGACGGAGGACCAGCGAAUGUUUGAGCAGCUUUCCCAGUUUCCGAGCGGGUCGGCAGAGCGGACGCAGUGGCUGAGUGACACCCACCAUGAGCUUCUCGCCGCCUUCUCCAGCGCGCAGAACUCGCGCCAGCCCAUCCUUGACUUCCUCAACAAGGGCGUCACCUCCACGAAAAGCGGCGCCGGCCCCGGUUUCGGAAAGCUGGGCGAGGACGACGACGACCCCUUCACCGCCAUCUCGCACGAGAGCCAGAAGAGUUACGAAGACCGCACCUCGGAGCUCAUCGUGAGCGGUAAGAUCGAGGAGGCCGUGGACCUAUGCAUGGACGAGCGCUGCUUCGACGACGCCUUUGCAGUCGCGUUCCUCAGCGGUGGGGAGAUGGUGCGCAAAGUGCACCAGCGCUACAUUGCGCAUGUCACCGCUACAAACCCGAAAAAGCGGCAUGUGCUUUACGCUGGAGCCAUCGCCUCCGGUGAUUUCCGUGGGCUUAUUCAAGCCAAUGUGCCGUGGAAGGAGGUGCUGUCAGCGAUUGUGGCGUUCGUCAUGGGUGACGACUUCGCUGGUGCGUGCAACUUGCUUGGCGACGCGCUGCGCGAUCAGCAGAACUACGAGGGCGCCUACCACUGUUAUGUUUGUGCAAGCAACGUGAAUGCUGUGGUGGACCUCUGGCGCCUGGAGAACCGCCCCUCGCGCGAGGUCGUGCAGGAUACGAUCCUGCUAGAGGAGACCACGCAGCAUGCGGCGAGUGGCGAGUACCUGGCGCAUUGCAUGUGCGACUAUGGUGUGAAGCUGCUAACGGAUGGGCACCCGAAGGAGGCGGUACAGUACCUGCAGCGUGCCGCCCGCAUCGGCGACCACACGGCCACUGUGCUUGUCGAUCGAAUGAAGUACCUCUUCAAUCUUCCCCAGCCUGAGAACGGUCCACCGUACGCACCGGCACCUGUGUCGGACGUGCAGAGCCCAGCGUGUCAAGCGUUCCUGGCCGCCGCCGAAGAGCGACAGAAGCGAGAGCUGCAGGAGCAACAGGCGCAGAUCCAGGCACAAGCGAUGGCCCUGCAUCAACACCAGCAGCAGCAGCAUCCCUCGUCGAUGCCAAGCCACGGCCCUCCGCAACCACCGGUGCUGCCCCUGCAGUCGCAGUACCACGUGAACCCCAUGGCAAUGCCAGGGCAACCGCCGCCGCCACAGCCUGGCUAUCUGCCGUCUGGUGGCUACACAUCGCCCAUGGGUGCACCGGCCGUGGCUUCCCGGCCACCGCAGCCGUUACAGCACCCGCCAAGCCUUGCCCACAAAUCCAGUCCCUCCGGACCCCCACCACAGCCGGAUGGGAGCACGGCUCUGCGACUGCCACUGAUGCCUGGUGCCAGUACCACGACUCCGGCCAGCAACAUCAUGAAUGGUGUGUCUGCAGCGGGCCCGCCGAUGGUGCCACCGCCUCCGGCUGCCGGUGGUUCACAGGUGGGGAUGAGCGUAUCUGACAGCAACUCUUUUUUCCCUGGCGCACUACCACCCAGUCGCACGAACCCACUCCCAGCUGCAUCGAACGGGGUAAUAGGCCAGCCGAAGCCGCGACUUAUGCCGCACCCAGUCUCCUCUUACUCAUCGAUGCGAGCGCCAAUCCCUGGUGCUACCCCCGCUGGCGCUGCUUCUCCUCCGUCGGGACCGCCGCCGUCGUCCGGUGCCAUGGCUUCCCUUGCGUCACCGCAGCCCACGUCACUAUACAGCAUGACAGCCCCACCGACACAGCCUCUAGCGAUACAGUCGCCAGCGUACCCAACAGUGGUACCACCACCACCGCAGCAGCGUGCAGAUACCAUAUACUCCGGAGGAGCGCAGCCGAUGGCGAAACAGCCGCCCCCGCCGCCUGGCCCUCCGCGACCGGCAAUGGGUGGCGCACCACCACCACCACCGCCUCAGCCAUCGGCUGCCAGCCCCGGGCACCCUGCUUCCUUGCUUGCCUCCGUGAACCCAGCCCAGUUUGCAUCUCCGUUGCACAGCCAGCUAGUGCAGCGUCUUCAGCAGAUCAUCCCCAGUAUCGCAGACCCACGCCGGCGCGCGGUGGUGCAGCAGGCAGCAAUGGAGGUGAUUCGUCAGCUGCAGCAGGGAAUGCUGCCGGAGGAGCUUGUGCAGAUGUUAAUGCACUUCUGCGCGAACGCUGGUACGCCAAACGCGACACAGAUAUGGGCGCAAGUGGCGAAGCGGUACGCUGGUGCCAUCCAAGCCUUCGCAGCUCUCUGCUAUCUGUGA